CGGACCUCACAGCCCAACGGACGGUCCUGUCCGUCUAACGCACGAGUAUCGAGUAUCGAGAACCGAGAACCGAGAACCUAGAGGCGGGCUUAGGAGCAAGUCCCAGUCCGAGAACUCCGUCGUGGUCAGGUGAAUGCCAUCGGGCAACGUGCCUGGCAUUCGAAGAGCUAUAUCGACAAGGCGUGUUUCGCGGUGGCGGUGCUUUAUACUGUAUAUCAGCCAAUUUAUAUAUGGUUUGCCCAGUUCAAAACGAAAACAAAUUGGGAAGAUAACAACAACCGCAGCAAGAAUGUUUGCAUUUUUGCGAGUUUUAUUACUUUGUGUGCAUUUGCUGCAUUUUAAAACAAUCUCUGGAGCAGAUAUCCCAUCCCCAUCGGACGGUGUGGCAGGAGCUCCUGUGCUGCACCAGGGUGAUAUAAAUUCGACGCCUGAAGCAGGAUUAGGCGGAGCAGCCAAUGUCACUGCGGAGGAAAUCAGCGAUGAAGCGGCAAAGGACUCCUCUUCGCUUAACCUUAGUCGGCAGCGUCGUCAGUUCUUUUUCGAUCCUAAUCUGCUGCUAUGGCAGGCGGGUCUAGGUGGCUCUGGUUUACCUGGUGGCCCCGGAGGUUGGGCUCCCCUAGAGGGCUCCAAGUGCCUCACGGUCCGGGGCCAGGCAGGUGUCUGUGUUCGGAUUGACGGAUGCCGACAGUACUACCGAGUAGCCCGCCAGCUGACCUUUGUUACCUUGCGCCAGUGGCCGUCGAACGGUGGCAUCGGUCUCAAUGGAAAUCUUUGCAAUUUCUUUGAUCAAUUGGGUAGAGUCAAUAAUGGAAUUUGCUGCACGGACAUCGACGCCAAUUCCUUUGGAGUGUUUCCACUGCCAAGCACAACGACCACGACAACCACCGAGAAGCCUCUGGUUUCGGCUGAUGAGGCAGAUAAAGUAGAUGGAAAUGCAGAGGAAGAAGAGAACAAUGAGCCACCUGCGGAAGCUUCGCAACCUGAGGAUCCCAUUGAUAAUGCGAAUAGCGUAGAGGAUAUGCCGGAUUUCCAGGAUGUUAACACCAUCGAAGGUAAUGCCCCAGAGCCGAGUCCCGAUUCCGAAGUCCAGCCGGAGGAAGUGGAAGUGGAGCAACCGGUACCUGUACAGCCAGCCACUCCGAUCAAUCCUUACCAAUGGCCCUUUGGUACCUUUGCGGGAGGAGUGGCCCAGUGGCCGCCACCGUUGCCCACGCAUCCGCCCACCACAGGUGGCUGGCCUCCGCCGUUGCCCACGCAUCCGCCAAACCAUCAUUAUCCCACGCACCCGACCACCGCUGGAGUUCCGAGCACGAAGCGCACCACACCGCGUCCUAGUCCCAUUACCACCAAGAGACCCAGCUACCCGAGCUAUCCAACAGCGGCGUCAACAACCACGACAACCACACGCCGCCCGACGAGUGGCAACAGUCCGGAGGGCCUGCCGCUGCAGUGUGGCAAUAAGAACCCGGUGUCGCCCGACCAGGAGCGGAUUGUGGGUGGCAUUAAUGCCAGUCCUCACGAGUUUCCCUGGAUAGCAGUGCUCUUCAAGUCCGGCAAGCAGUUCUGCGGCGGCAGUCUCAUCACCAACAGUCACAUCCUCACCGCCGCUCACUGUGUGGCACGCAUGACCUCGUGGGAUGUUGCGGCUCUGACUGCUCAUUUGGGCGACUACAAUAUUCGGACAGAUUUUGAGGUGCAGCACGUUUCUCGAAGGAUUAAGCGCUUGGUGCGCCACAAGGGAUUCGAGUUUAGCACGUUGCACAAUGACAUUGCCAUACUUACGUUGAGCGAGCCCGUACCCUUCACCCGUGAGAUCCAGCCCAUCUGCCUUCCUACCUCGCCCUCGCAGCAGUCGCGUUCGUACAGCGGCCAGGUGGCCACGGUGGCGGGUUGGGGCAGCCUCCGGGAGAACGGACCUCAACCAUCGAUUCUUCAAAAGGUCGAUAUACCCAUCUGGGCGAAUGCAGAGUGCGCCAGGAAAUACGGAAGAGCAGCGCCUGGCGGCAUCAUAGAGUCCAUGAUUUGUGCUGGCCAAGCGGCCAAGGAUUCCUGCAGUGGUGACUCCGGUGGUCCAAUGAUCAUCAAUGACGGCGGACGUUAUACCCAAGUGGGGAUUGUUUCCUGGGGCAUUGGCUGUGGCAAAGGACAAUAUCCUGGCGUAUAUACUCGUGUCACGUCCCUGCUGCCUUGGGUUUACAAGAAUAUUAAGUAAAUAUGGGAUUGCGGUUAGUCUAAGACGUGAUAUGCAAUGAGUUAAGAGCGAACAAUGUAA